UCAGUACUCUUGUUUAAAUACCGAGAGCAGGUGAGCCCAAACGCUCGCCACUCUCUCAAGGGACUGGAAAACACAACUACAUCCUGACCAGCAGUCCUGGUAACCAGACCUAACAAUGUGUGAUGAGGAAGAGCCAACUGCUUUGGUGUGCGACAACGGGUCAGGACUGGUGAAGGCCGGAUUUGCCGGCGACGAUGCCCCACGGGCUGUGUUCCCUUCCAUAGUAGGGCGUCCGCGUCAUCAGGGUGUGAUGGUGGGCAUGGGUCAGAAAGACUCUUACGUAGGAGACGAGGCCCAGAGCAAGAGGGGUAUACUGACCCUGAAGUACCCCAUCGAGCACGGCAUCAUCACCAACUGGGACGACAUGGAGAAGAUCUGGCACCACACCUUCUACAACGAGCUUCGCGUGGCCCCCGAGGAGCACCCCGUCCUGCUCACCGAGGCCCCCCUGAACCCUAAGGCCAACAGGGAGAAGAUGACCCAGAUCAUGUUUGAGACCUUCAAUGUCCCAGCCAUGUAUGUGGCCAUCCAGGCUGUUCUGUCUCUGUACGCCUCUGGUCGCACCACAGGUAUUGUUCUGGAUGCUGGGGAUGGUGUGACCCAUGACGUGCCCGUAUAUGAGGGCUACGCCCUGCCCCACGCCAUCAUGAGACUGGACCUGGCCGGGAGGGACCUGACCGACUACCUGAUGAAGAUCCUCACUGAGAGGGGCUACUCCUUUGUUACCACUGCUGAGAGAGAGAUUGUACGCGACAUCAAGGAGAAGCUGUGCUACGUGGCUCUGGACUUUGAAAAUGAGAUGGCUACAGCUGCCUCUUCCUCCUCUCUGGAGAAGUCUUAUGAGUUGCCCGACGGUCAGGUGAUCACCAUCGGUAACGAGAGGUUCCGUUGCCCAGAGACCCUCUUCCAGCCCUCCUUCAUUGGCAUGGAGUCUGCCGGUAUCCAUGAGACCACAUAUAAUGGUAUUAUGAAGUGUGACAUUGACAUCCGUAAGGACCUGUAUGCCAACAACGUCUUGUCCGGUGGCACCACCAUGUAUCCGGGUAUCGGGGACCGAAUGCAGAAGGAGAUCACCGCCCUGGCUCCCAGCACCAUGAAGAUCAAGAUGAUUGCCCCCCCUGAGCGCAAGUACUCUGUUUGGAUUGGCGGCUCCAUCCUGGCCUCCCUCUCCACCUUCCAGGCCAUGUGGAUCAGUAAAGACGAAUAUGAAGAGGCCGGACCUUCAAUCGUCCACAGGAAGUGCUUCUAAAUUCUUUCCCUUCAGCCUACAACUCCCAAGCCUUUGCUCGUUGUCUUUUCUCAUGGGCCUGUAAUACCCACGGAUGACCCUUGCUGUUUGUUUACUAUUUCAGCAAUGUUCCUAGCUAGACUAUCAUUACCUGCGCUGUAACAUAUGUGACCUUGCAAAAAAUAUGUAAUAAAU